AUGGCGAGCCCCGCGCGCAUCGACGUGGAUAAGCUGAGCGUGGAGCAGCUUAAGGCGCUCAAGGAGCAGACCGAUCUGGAGGUCAAUCUCCUCCAGGACAGCCUAUCCAAGAUCCGCACCGCCGCCACCCGCCUCGAGAACGCCACGGCCGCCCUCCACGAGCUCUCCCUCCACCCCCAAGGGAAGAAGCUGCUCGUGCCGCUCACGGCGUCCCUCUAUGUACCCGGCACGCUCGACGACGCCGAGAAGGUCCUCGUCGACGUUGGCACCGGCUACUACAUUGAGAAAACUAUGACUCAAGGAAAAGAAUACUGUGAAAGGAAAAUUAAUUUGCUGAAGUCCAACUUCGAUGAACUACUUGAGAUGGCGACCAAAAAGAAGAGCAUAGCAGACGAAAUGGGCAUGUUUCUGCAAGCCAAGCUGAGGCAGGCAUCACCGAGCUCGAGUUCGUGA